UUUUUAAUUGGCUGGACGAUGCGAAAUAAUGAUUUAACUCGAUUAGACAGCAAUGUGAAAAUAAACAAUUCGAUAGCUUUCGAAGGAAUCCAUGAAAUGGAAUGGUGUUUCGAUAUUGUCCUCUAUUAUAGUAGUAUCGGUGAUGAACAAUCGCAAGCAAUUUUGCAGCAACUUUCUGAUUAUUCUCGAUUCAGUUUCGCAAUUAAUGGAAUCCUAACAUGUCUAAUAGCAGUUUUUGGCUUAAAUGGAAAUGUUUUCCUCUUAUGGCAGGUUAUCUUAUUUUUAUUUCCAGUAUUAUUCAUUAAUAAAUUAAUUCAUCGCACUCGCUACUUUUCUCGUCGUUUGGCUUGUCAUAUAGCAAUGUUGUGCGUUUGGGACAUUACAUUACUCUUAUGUUGUGUUAUGACCUACGGUAUGGUUUCUUCUAAUAGUCUUAACCUACUUGGACGAAAUCUCUUCGAUAAUUUUUGUUUUAAAGGAGUCAUAGCACUUUAUUAUAAAAUAACGCCAGUAUCUGGUUUUGCUGCAUAUAUCUUAUAUUUCUUCCAACCGUUAGCAAGCUUUUGCGUGACGGCUACAAUAUGGCAAGUUUUUGCUAUGACCGUCGAAAGGUAUUUGGCGGUAAUGAAGCCGCUGGAGCAGCAGCUAACAGAAGCAAGAUUUUCAAUAAAAUCAAUAUGUAUAUUUAUUAUUUCUGGUGCAUUUAUCUUAAAUAUAAGUAUGGUGCCGUUCGAACGAUACUUUACAACUUGUUAUCAGUUUCUUAAAGGAGGUAAUAUUGUUUUUCAAACGAUGGUUGUUCAAUACGAGAUCACUAAUAAUCCAUUUUACGCCAUAUUCGUUCAUUUGAUUCCUGAUUUAAUAUUUCGAGCACCUUUACCCAUAAUUUUAAUCGCUGUAUUAACGGCACGUACGUUGCAUAAAUGUCAACAUCGACAAGUGGGAAAUAUUGUUGUCCAUUUGAACCAACGUCGAAGCAUUUCUUUCAUGCUUACUACGCUAAAUGUAAAGUUUAUCUUAUGUAAUACAUUAUACAUGAUAAACACGGUAUUGAUUGAAGUAUUAGGAUAUGGCGGAAAAACAAGGUAUGUGCGGAAUGUGGAAAAACUAGAAGGUAAAAAGAGAAAUAUUCGAAAUUUUUGUUCCAGUCAAAACGACCAGUAUGUUCAUUCACUUUAUCUAACUGACCUAUCGAAUAUGUUACUUGCCAUACAUUCGGCAACAAAUUGGCUUUUGUUUUAUCGAUGGACUUCAUGGAAAGAAUUUAAAUUGAGAAAUGAAAAGAUAAAUAUAAAUGAAUAUAGUUAUGGUUCGUUAAAUAUGCAGUAUUUUACAAUUCAGGAAGGGCAAAAAAAUUAUUAUCCCGUUCAUUCAGCUGAACAAAUCGGUGGAAAAACUAUUGAAGAUAUUCUAAAUAAAUUUUCUCCAUGGAAACAUACACUUUGUUUAGAAUCACCAAGAUUAGCUUCAAAAUUGGUUGCUAAUUAUGAAAAUAUGAAAGAUCUAAUUAAUAGCGAAAAUAUACAUAGACAUGGAGAGAUUGUUGGCGACUUCAUUGAAGAAAUGAUAGUUUCAAUGCGCGAUAAAUCGACAGUUAUGCAAGUGCGAUGUCGUGAUGCUGGAUUUCAUCACAAAAAAGCAAAAGUUGCAUUCACGUCUAAUCAAUGGAAAUUAAUGCGUGAUAUAUUAAUAAGAAAUAUGGUUGCAAAUACAUUUUCAUCAAAUUCAUCUCCAGGAAACGAUUCAAUUUUGAAUAAAUCUAUAAUAAAAAUUUCUAAUAUCAUUAUUGGCGAGAUGAGACGAGGAGCUUUAUGUGCAUCCGUCGAUAAUGAACAAAUGGUAAACAUCGUUAUCUUUAUAUUUUUAUCAUUUCAAAUAUGGAUUACAAAUUAUCAUUUCAAAAUGAUAAAUGAGCUUGACGGUUCUGUUCUGCGGCACAGCGACAAGUCACUUGAAAAAACGACGCUGACGAAACAAUACAUAUAUUUCGAUAAAUGA